AUGUCAGAGGAAGCUUUCACGAAUUGCCCAGUUGUGACUUACUGGUUUCUGCAUGUUAUUGGCUAUGAUGAAAAGAAGUGUGUGAAACAUUGGGUGAUAGUUGAAAAAGAGUUAAAAUCUCAGCUUUUGUUGGGCUCAGAGAAGAAGAGAGUGAGAUGUACAUCGAUCAUAUCUCGAGUUCAAUAUACAAUUCCUCACCAUACAAGAGAUGAGAGUGAUGGAUAUCACACAAGUUGUGGCUCAGUUACAAGUCGUGUCAAGGAGAAGAACAUGACAGAGUGA